GUUAAAAUAUGUUGUAAUUUGACCUGAAAGUAAUGGUGUAAAACCGCCGUAACUGCAGAUCACCUGCGUAUUUAGGCCUCGAAUAUGUCCACAGACUGGGUCGGAUAUAGCUACGCAGCGUUAGUUGCAUCUGGGGGAGUUAUAGGCUAUGUCAAAGCAGGUAGCGUCCCUUCACUGGCGGCAGGUCUUCUUUUCGGGGGGUUGGCAGGCUUCGGUGCUUACCAGAUCUCCGAGGACCCGAAGAAUAUUUGGGUAUCGUUAGGCACGUCCGGAACCUUGGCGGCAGUCAUGGGAAAGAGGUUUUAUAACUCAAGGAAAAUCAUGCCUGCUGGUAUUAUGGCCGGAGCAAGUAUUCUGAUGCUUGCCAAGCUUGGUUAUGGAAUGCUGCAGAAACCCCAGCAGACAUAACAACCACUUAACCUCCCAGCAUCUUUACUGGAACACAAAUCUGCUGUACUCCGAUUGUUUUGUUUGGGGUUUUUUUUUUUUGCUUUUCUUUUAAGGACAGUAUAUCUGUACUCGGGAGUGUCCAGCUAAUGAAAAUCGUGAAUUGUAUUUUGUAUAAAAUGUAAAUUAGAUUAAAAAAAAUUGAA